GAAAAAGGUUCCAUUGACCCCCAAAGAUCUAUCUUUCUUUCAUCUUCUCCACGCUUCGUCCUCCUCUUCAUCGUUUCCUCUCACAGAUCAAUCUAAUCACAGAUCAAAGAUGCAACCUGGAGAUUACAAUUCCUAUUAUCAUCAUCACCAGUACCCUCCUCAGUUUCCUAAUCCAAAUCCCACCGAUCUUUCUCAGAACACGUACGCGUCGGCUCCACCGUUUAGUGGCGGUUACGGCGCCGGCGAUUACUCCCAGAACUAUCAACCGCCUUACGGGGGGAAAAACACUGAACAUGUCCCUCCUCCUUCAGCUCCUCCUUCCUUCACUCCUCCUCCUCCGGCAACAAACCCUAAUUCUUAUUCGGCCUUGAACCAACCGCCCCCGAUUCACCCGCCCGCACCAUCUUCUUACGGAUCGUCUGCUCCUCCGUAUACAUCGCAGCAGCCCAUGUAUUAUCCACCCUAUGAUCCUCCUCCAUCAUCUGCAGCAGCUUCACCCAAUCCUAAUCCUCUGGUUCAUGCUCCGCAACAGCCUUACUCAUCAUCCUACUCUUCAACUCCUUACACUGGAGGAGGAGGAGGAGGAGGAUAUGAGAAACCGCCUGUGAAAUUCGAUCAACCUUCUUAUAGCGAUUACGGCAGAUCCGAAUCAGCCUCAGAUCUAUACGGAAAACAACGAUCUGGCAGUGGAGGAGGAGGAUACCCUGCGUUCGAAGAUUCUUCCUACGGAGAUGGAGUCUAUCCUUAUUCAGGAGGAGGCAAAGUUGAGCCGUACGGGUCUCGUGGAACAGCGCCCAAAUCAUCGAACUCGACCCUGUUCGACGAUUACGGACGGCCCAUCAGCGUCUCUGAUUCCUCCUCCUCCGCUAGCUCCAAAUCCGCUAAGAUCGCUAGAGCUGUCCCCAAGGCUGAUGUCCAGGAAGAUGCCUCUGGUGGUGUUCAGAAGUUUCGUGUCAAAUUGUUGGCUGAAACUUACGGACAGACCACUACUGAUGUUCUUUGUCAGAUUGGUUUGGAUGGCCUCCGUAUGCUUGAUCCAAGUAGUAGCCGGACUUUGAGAAUAUAUCCUCUCGAGAACAUUACUAGAUGCGAAAAACUAGACUCAUCUAUACUGGCCUUUUGGUCUAAGACUCCGGUAGACUUCGAAGCUAAACGUAUCAGACUGCAAUCGAAUAGUUACACCACCAACACCCUUUUGGACACUGUGACAGCUGCAAUGUUUCAGGCCAAGGAGAUUGGGGGAAGUAGCAGGCCUCCUCCUGUCUCCGCCAAGCUGGUCGAACAGUCUGCUGAGAAGAAGAAAGGAUUGGGUGAUUGGAUGAACAAAAUAAAGCCUGUGAAUGAGGAGAAAGAUCAUUGGGUCCCUGAUGAAGCGGUUUCAAAAUGCACAUCGUGUGGGUCAGAUUUUGGUGCAUUUUUGCGAAGGCAUCAUUGCAGGAACUGUGGUGACGUCUUCUGUGACAAGUGCAGUCAAGGUAGGAUUGCUCUCACUGCUGAGGAGAAUGCUCCCGAAGUCCGUGUCUGCGAUAGAUGCAUGGCUGAAGUGUCACAAAGGUUGAGUAAUGCCAAGGAAUCUGCUAGCAGGAACAUGAGUUUGCAAAGCCAUGAAGACCUCGCUAGGAAGUUACAGGAGGAAAUGCAGAGAAACCGCAAGUCUUCGUCUGGUUUGAAAGAAGGAUCUGGUAGGCGGAUGAAGGAAGUAGCCUGUCCAACAUGCACAGUUCACUUGCAGGUUCAGGUUCCAUCCUCAGGAUCAGAGACCAUCGAGUGCGGGGUUUGCCAGAACCCUUUCCUUGUUAGCUCGCAUUGAUCUUCCUACCCGCCUGUUUUGCUCUUUGACAUAUAUUACCAAUUAAACAUAUGAGAUUUGGGUCAUUUGGUUACUGAAUUGGGUUUGAUCACCAAAAAUAAGUUGGUCGUCGUGUCUCAUGUGGGUGUUGCUUCCCCCUUUUGUGUGUAUAUGAAAGUCUUUUGAGUGAUUGAACAGUCUUUACCCUCAACGUCUUUGAUCAUGGACAUGCUCCAAAAGUUUUAAUAUUAUAUAUAUGAUUUCAUUGUC